AUGGGAGGGAAACCUAUAUCGAGAAAACUUGUCGUUUUAGGUGAUGGAGCAUGUGGAAAGACAUCACUCUUGACUGUUUUUACAAAGGGAUAUUUCCCUACGACUUAUGAACCCACAGUGUUCGAGAAUUACGUAGAGCUCAUGCAGGUGGAUGAACAGACUGUAGAGUUUUCUCUUUGGGAUACGGCUGGACAAGAAGAUUUUGAUAGAUUACGAUCUUUAUCUUACUCUGAUACUCACGUCGUGAUGAUUUGUUUCUCUGUUGAUUCCCCCGCCUCAUUAGAAAACGUUGAAUCUAAAUGGAUACAAGAAGUCAAUCAGUAUUGUCCCGGUGUCAAGGUCAUACUCGUCGCUUUGAAAUGUGAUCUGAGGGAAGAUGUCACAGUGAAGGAGAAAUUGGCCAGGAGAAAUAUGCGUACGGUUUCUUAUGAGGAGGGAUUGGCGGUAGCUAGAGUCAUUAGAGCGACUCGGUAUCUAGAAUGUUCUUCACUACAUAAUCGAGGAGUACAAGAAGCUAUCUACGAAGCUGCUCGAGUAGCAAUAGGAUCCAGAGCUAAAGGUGUCACUGGUCAAAAUGGUUUCCCACGAUUUUCAUGGAGAGAUCGAAGUUGCGUCAUAUUGUGA